AUGGCUUCCGAACUCCCCGAGAACGCCCUCAGCAAGCUCGCCUCCUCUGUCAAGAACAUUGUCACCGGCGUGCCCCUUGAGGACAAUGACGUCGAUAUGCAGGAGACCAAGGUUGACAAGACCGUGGCCAAGUCUGCCGACAAGACCAAGACUCUCGACAAGACUGUAGAAAAGUCUGUUGACAAGACCGUCGAGGUCGACGAUCACGCCACAGUACACAAGGAGAAGACCGCUCCUGUGGUGCACGAGGACGUCAAGUCCCACGAGCACGAGAAGGUUGACACUGAGGUUGACCACGAGAUCCACCAGGACCACUACCACACCACCAUCCAGCCCGUCAAGGAUAAGAACGUCCUUCCUACCAAGCAUGUCUACCAGGAGAACGAGGCUGAGCGGGAGAUUGACCACCGAGACGACAAGGCCAAGAAGGCUGCUGAGGCCGAGGCUGCCAGAAUUCGCAACGAGAAGGUUGUCGAGGGUACUACCCACUCAAAGGAGAUUGCUCCUACACAUGAGAACCAACAUAUCCACCACCACAUUCACGAAACCAUCCAGCCCGUCAUCGAGAGAGAAACAGUCCAACAAAAGGUCGUCCACACAACAAACCACAUCCACGAGACUGAACACCUAAAGGACCAGCACCACGAAGCCACCGUCGCCCCCGCGAUCUCAAUGAGCGACUUCAAGAAGGACACCGGCGCUGCCGCCGUCACAGAGGAUAUUGAGUUUCCCGUUUCGGAGGUCAGCAAGGGUGUUGCAGUGCACGCCAAGAAGAGAGAGGUGGCGCAGGCAAACGUGGACGCUGAGGAUACUAAAGUUGGUAAGUCGGCCAAGUUGAUGGAAUCUUAA